AUGAAUAGAUUAAAUCACAUCUGGAUCAGAAAAGACCACGUCAGCGAAAAACUUCGCCUCAAGCUUUACAGAACACUUGUAAAACCAGUUCUGAUGUAUAGCAGCUCUACUUGGGGACUGACACAAAAAGAUACGAAAGGUCUAGAUGCUUUUCACAGACAGCAACUGAGACAGCUAAUAGGGAAAAAGUACCCUAACAAGAUCUCCAAUCAGAACUUGUACAAAAGAUGCGAAGAAGGACCAAUUUCAAUUGACAUCCUCAAGGCUAGAUGGUGGCUGUUUGGUCACAUAUUACGUUUGUCCGACGAUACACCGGCUGUGAAGGCAAUGAGAUUUUACUUUGAGGGAUCGGAGAGAGGAUUCAGAGGCAGACCUAGAGAAACUCUCGUGACAACCUUAAAUAAAGAUAUCACCAGAGCAAGAGCAAUGGAAAGGUUUUUUUCACUACCGAACAUAAAGAACAAUGGAGAUUUUGAAAAGAUACGAUCCACAGCAAGGGACUGCAAAGAAUGGAGAAGAUUAUCAGAAGUAGUGUGCAGAGCUGCAGAAGCAGAAACAACAUUAAACCUCCAUGUCGGGACUGCGUAA